AUGGCUUUUGUUCACGCAACAACUGAACAAUCCGGGACUGAACACGACGAUGUUACCAUGUCCCCAAACUGGCAUCAAUCCCAGGUCGUGUUUGUGUUCACACAGGAGGUGUUUUUCUGGCAAUUUCCUGGAGCCGUUGGCAGAACCCGAGCAGAGACAAAUGUCCAGGCAGAUGUUGAUUUAGUGUUUAGUGAAAAGUCAACCGAACCCAUUCCCUCCGCCACUUCCAUUGUGGAGACGCUGAAAGAAGCAGCUACAGCUCCGAGCUUCAACCUCACCAUCGACCCCACCACUGUUACUGUCAUCAAAUCACUGCAGAUAAUUCCAGUGACCAUCGUGACUAACGGCACCUUUGUGGCUGCUCUUUCAAAUACAAGUUCAACUGAAUAUCAGGACAGGGCUACGAUGAUAAAAUUGGGGCUUGAACCUUUUUUCUUUGUCGAUUACCCAUCAUUCAGAAUCUUAACAUUAACAAACUUCAGUAAUGCCAGUGUAAAAACAAGGAGUGUACCCACGAUCCGAAACUCCAUGGAUCUCGCAUUUGGAGCGAACGGCGCUCUACCCAACAGCACCCAGAUAGUGAACACUAUAGUUAAAGCCGCCAGAAAAAACUCCAUAGCCUUCCAGAUCUUCACAUCUGAAAUUGUGAUAAACGGCACAGUGUUUUCAUCCGCUGAAGUGAGCAGCAGGAUCAGUGUGUUGACCGCCGUACUCCUGGUGGCGGCGGCGCUUCUGCUCUCGAGGUUUGAUUGACCAUAACUACACAUCCACGAGAGACGGGUCUGAAUGAAGCCUUCAGCGUCUGCUCAAGCGAAGGACUCAAACCUAAUAAUGAGCGUGCUAUAAUCUUAUUCUGUUCUGUAUAUUCCUGUGUUUUAUAGAUUAGGGUUGGAAGAACGUUGUGCGUUUAUGUACAGUCAGUUUUAUUUGAUAGAUACUUAAAUUCACAACACUGGUCAGUCAAAAUCUUCCAUGGACUAUUUCAUUUGACCAGAACUACUCCAUAUAGAUGAAAAUACUCCACAUAUUAAAACUGAAAGAGAAGAUAAACACUACUAUGUCCUGACAGAUGGAAAAGGUUCACUUAAAAAUGAUUCAUAUCUUCAAAGGCGUCUCACACACACAUCUUUAUCUCAUGCACACACAUACUCUAGUCGUGGAAACGCUGGCUGACUUUGAAGAGCCCGAAACGAGACAGGGUUUGGUAAGAAAAAGGAUGAAGUAUUUCAAAGAUUAUGAAACCUGUAAAACAGCAUGGAAGAAUGUUAAAAAUUUGCAGGAUAUGACUCAGAGAUGGCUGAGGGAAAACACAUGGAUAAGAAGAUUAUUAAUAAGAAGAAUAUUACAUAACAUAAACCUGUACAUAGCCAAACUCUUCAACUCUUCAUGUUUUAUACACAAAUUAUCUGUAUGAUACAAGUAUUUUCUAAAUUAUUUAUUUAAAUUAAGAAAAAUAAUCUAUAUUUCUGAUGUAAAUGCAAUGCUAAAGGUGUUUUCUGUGAAUUGUAUUGCUGUAUUGUUCACACUGGAUGUGGUAAUAACAGUUAUUAUGUAGGCUAUGAAGUUAUAUUUAUCACUUGCGAAAUAAACUCUGGUGACCAGUAUUAGAAUGGCCAUAAAAAACAACAA